AUGGUGACUCUCAUCCUGCUCCUGCUUGGUGCUUUAACUGCACUCAGUUUUCUGGCCGUCCUUUAUUUCAGUCAGUCAGUCUCACUUGAUAGAGUUAGUGAGCAGUAUGCCAACGCUACAGCUUUACUGAAGAUGCACGAAAAUGAAACUACAGAAUUAAAAUCAAGUUUGGAUAAAGUUCAAGAGAGCUACAAGGGUGCAUCAAAACAACGUGAUGAAUUAAAAUCAAAUUUGGAAAAAGUUCAAGUGAGCUACGAAGCUGCAUCAAAGCAACUGGACUCAUUAAAAGCUAAAGAGCGAGUGUAUAAACAGCUGGAGGAAAGACGUCAGCGCAUCCAUGAAGUCCUUUCUAAAGCAAAGAAGAGCUGUGAGCUGUGUGAUGAAGGAUGGAGGUCUCUUGGGUUGAAGUGCUACUUUUUCUCCACCAAUAAUCUGAACUGGGCGGAGAGUCGAGAUUCCUGUGUUGAGAAAGGAGGUCACCUAGUGAUCAUAACCAGCCAAGCAGAGCAGGAUUUUCUAGCUUUACAAAUUAAUGCGCUUUACUGGAUGGGUCUGAAUGAUCUGGAGAAGGAGGGAAAGUGGAUGUGGGUGAACAACAAAACCUUGGAUGAGACCGGUGUGAAGUCCUGGUUUCAGAGAUCAAAUCAAGCCAGCGAGCCUGAUAACUGGAGAGUGGAGGACCCUUCUGGAGAGAACUGUGCUUGCAUAAGACAAGUGGAGGGUGAAAAACACUGGGUGGAUGUUUCCUGCCGUCGAAAAGAAAAGUACAUCUGUGAAAAACAAAUAUAAACUUUGGAGUGUGUGUGGACACCUUAUUAAUUACAUUUAUUAAACUAUUUACAUUUACUCAUUAUUUAAUCAAUCAAUCAUGAAAUAACUGAUGUCACUUUAUUCUGUCUGUCUGUCUUUUUCAUCACAUC